AGGACAAGCAAGAGCGCUCCUCGACUGGAAAGCCAGCCUUGACAACCAAAGCCAAAGAGCACUGCACUCUUGGGGCAACACGUCGACGCCCUGCAAUUGGCGUGGCAUCACCUGCGGUACCGGUGUGCACUGGCACCGGCUAGUGAUCAAAGGCAUCUCUCUGCGGGGGAUGCGGCUAAGAGGGGCUCUGGAGUCCCUCAACUUCUCGGCCUUGAGGACCUUGACACGCCUCGACCUCUCACACAACCUCCUUGCUGGGAGCAUUCCUCCUAGUAUCGAGAUCCUUGGCGAGCUCCAUGCUCUUCCUUCUGCAAGGCAACCAGAUAAGAGGCUCAAUCCCACUAGGUCUAGGAAAUCUCACAAAAUUGCAUUCCUUAAUGCUUCACGAAAAUGAACUCUCCGGUGAAAUACUAAGUCAGAUAGGCAACUUGAGUAGUCUUGUCACCCUCAACUUGUCAAACAAUCACUUGGUUGGUCAUAUCCCUUGUGAGAUAGGACACAUGAAGCACUUAGUUGCAUUAGAUUUGUCCAGUAAUGAUCUUUUUGGUAAAAUACCAAGCAGCAUAGGUGGUUUGA